GUCGAUCCUCCGCCGCUGUGAUUGCUUCGCCGAUAGACGGGGGCGGGCUCUCACUUACACCAUAGGCGCUAUGAUUGGCCAUAACUUGAUAGUGGGAAGCACUCGUAACGCCGGUGUCUCCCUGGUUGCGCAAGACGCCAUUUUGGAGUGACAGUAAAAGGUAACGGAAAGAUCGAGAAGCUGUGUCGUUAGAGCUUUGUCACCAUGGGGAAUGUAUUUGCAAGCUUAUUCAAGGGCCUGUUUGGCAAAAAAGAGAUGAGAAUUCUGAUGGUUGGGCUCGAUGCUGCUGGGAAAACAACAAUCUUGUAUAAACUGAAGCUUGGAGAAAUAGUCACCACCAUUCCAACCAUUGGCUUUAACGUUGAAACGGUAGAAUACAAGAACAUCAGCUUCACAGUUUGGGAUGUGGGCGGUCAGGAUAAAAUCAGGCCGCUGUGGCGCCACUACUUCCAGAACACUCAAGGGCUUAUUUUUGUGGUGGACAGCAAUGACAGGGAGCGAGUGAAUGAGGCGAGAGAGGAGCUUUCCAGAAUGCUUGCAGAGGACGAGCUCAGAGACGCUGUGCUGCUUGUUUUUGCAAAUAAACAGGAUCUCCCCAACGCCAUGAAUGCUGCAGAGAUCACAGACAAACUGGGCCUACACGCUCUGCGCCAGCGCAGUUGGUACAUCCAGGCCACCUGUGCCACCAGUGGGGACGGUCUCUACGAGGGUCUGGACUGGCUCUCCAACCAGCUCAAGAACCAGAAAUGAUCCAUUCCACCUAUUUGGGUUUUUGUUUGUUGUUAAUUUUUUUUGUUUCAACACAGCGGCAGCACCAGACCCAGGCCCCCCUGCUCCCAUCUGACCUAGUUCUGAUCCAGCGCUUUCAUGCUUUUCCUGCUUUCCCUUCUCGUCCAUCCUCUCGGGGCUCGAGCUUGUGCUGCUCAUGUGUGUGAGUGUGUGAGAGUGUGUGUGUGUUGUGUGUUCAGAGAGUGUGGGUGUGAAGGUGUGUGUGUGUGUUGGCUGGGAUUAGGAGGAAUCCCGGCGUGCCUUUUACACACCUGUGGAAUCAGCAGUCUGGUUUUCAAGCCCCCCACCCCCAUUCACCAACCUCAUUCCUGCCCCCAACCCACCGCCCGGUCUGCCUCCACUCUCAGUCUUGCACGACCCCCUUCACCCCCCACCCUCCAGGCACGGGCAUGGUUUUCAUACGGCAAAGGAAGAGCAAGGGUGGAAGCCCCACCACCACUAAAUCUGUUAACUAAACUCCCCCACCCCCUCCCACUAGAUGUUGAUUUGAGUUGUCUGAUUUUGAACCGACCAUCUUAACCUGUAUCAGGUCAAAGCAAAGGGGCGCACAUCCAUGGUUGUUCUGCUGUCAUCUGAAAAUCAUGCUGUUUUAUUAUUAUUGUUAUUAUCAUCAUUAUUAUUAUUAGAUUGGAAAUCUAUCAGAAUAUUGUUAGCAGUGGCUCUCCAGUGGACACUACCCCCUGCCCCCCACCGCUGAGCACAAGGCAAAACAACAAUCUUCAAAAUAAAAUAAAAUUAGAGCCUGUUUGUAAAUGGCACUUAUCAUCUAGUUGGACUUUAAUUACCGGGAAUUAAAUUGGUUUCUGAGGUGUAAUGAAUCCUUCUGGUGGGCCUCAGACUGAGUUCAGGUGUCCUGAUAAUUCACACGCUUCAUGUUUCAGAUGUUACAUGUUUUAUUUUUUUCUUCUUGUAUCAAGUUUUAGCAUUUCUACAACAACUGCUGAACCAAAAUGCAUUUGAGCAGUGUGACAAAUCCCGUACUUGGAUGUAGAAAGAGCUCCUCAAAGGGCCUGAACUGAUUUCUGAUGAGAUUUUUUCUCCAACGGUUGACAGUUUUCCUAUGAGCCCUGAAAGCAUCCAGCAGUUUGGUUUCUAUGGUCGGGAUGAAGGAUUUGGCACCACAUAUGAAGGCUCUCCUAACUGUGAACGGUCGAGAUGAGAAGAGAAACGGCUGGAACAACAGUGUUUGCAGGUUAAAGCUUCUCAUGGUAGCGCGGCACCUGUCUGGCGCUGGCGGUGAGCUGGAAGGACUUGGUGGUGGACCCGUUGAGGGAAGUCGAUGUGCUGAAAUCCAGCAGGAGUCCUCGGUGUUGAACAUGGGGGUUGAGCUGGCACUUCUGUCAAGAAUGAUUGUAAAUCUGUAAGUUCCCCUGAAAACAGUUUCUUUGGGGAUUUCCUGAACACAUUAAUAAACAUGAUUUGAUCCAA